AUGCGGCAGAAGGUGGCGGUUUCGCGUGCAGAAGAAUCAGAAGCUAAGCAGUCCAUCGAACAGCGAUCCAUUGCCGGCUUCCGUUGGUUUCUCGUCUGUUUUGCGACCUUUUCGGCCAAUCUUCUCUAUGGUCUCGACACGACCAUUGCGGCAGACAUCCAGGGCGCCGUCUCAACGACCAUGAACAACGUCACUCAGCUCGGUUGGCUGGGCGUUGGCUUCUCGCUUGGGUCUACAGUCGCUAUCCUUCCCAUCGGCAAGGCCUACGGCAUGUUUGACACUAAGUGGUUGUUUAUCGGCAGUCUUGUCAACUUUGCGGCUGGGAGUGCCUUGUGCGGAGCUGCGCCGACCAUGGCCGCCCUUAUUGUAGGCCGUGUAUGGGCCGGAGUCGGUGGUGCAGGCAUGUAUCUAGGCACCAUAAACUUGAUGGCAGCUCUGACCACACCUACGGAGAGAGCCCUCCUAUUCGCUGCAGAGGCUUUUGUGUAUGGUGCUGGAUGUAUCCUCGGUCCCAUUGUGGGAGGUCUGUUGGCUGACAGUGCAGCAACAUGGCGAUGGGCUUUCUACCUCAACCUCGUCGUCUUUGGCGCCAUGGCUCCCGUCUACCUCUUUGUGAUACCUGCGGUUCCUCGCCAGGCCGAUGUUUCUAUCAUUGACAAGAUUAAGAAAUUUGACUGGGUUGGUAUCGUUCUUACCGCAGGCAUCUACGUCUGCCUUGUCCUGGCGUUCUCCUUUGGCGGUAUUAUCUGGGCCUGGAGUGAUGGUAGAUUCAUUGCGCUGAUAGUCCUGUUUGUCGUGUUUACCGCUUCAUUCGCUGUCCAACAGCACUUUGCCUUGCUCACUAACAAGGUCGACCGACUCUUCCCCUGCGAAUUCCUUGGUAAUCUGGAGAUGGUCAUCUUUUACAUCGGCAUGGCCGCCUCUAUUGCCCCUUUCUUCGUUGCUACUUACUACAUCCCUUUGUAUUUUCUCUUUAUUCACGGCAACACCGGCACUCAAACAGCCGUGCGCUUGCUACCGCUUGUCUUUGUUUAUGUCGCUUCCAUCCUCUUCGCCGGCUAUGCUUUGCAGCGCGUUGGAUACCGCAUGAUAUGGUACUUUGUCAGCGGCCUCUUCAUGGUGGCUGGUGGCGCCGGCAUGUAUACAGUCGGGGCCGACACACCACCAAGCCAUACAUAUGGCUUCUCCAUCCUUAUAGGCAUCGGCCUCACUGUCAGCCAAUCUGGCUAUAGUCUUAUUAUUCCCUUGGUUGAGCCACAUCGCAUUCCCGAUGCUAUGCAGUUUAUGAACACCGCACAGGGAUCGGCUGUCUUGCUCGGUCUUGUUAUUGCGAACCCCAUUUUCCAAAACGAGGCAUUCACAGGGCUAAAGAGUUUGUUUGCUGGCCACGGCUUCUCGGAUGCAGAGAUUCACGCUGCCGUCGCAGGCUCUCGCAGUCAAGUUCUUGAGUCAAUUAGUCCGGAGCUUAGGAAAAGAGCUUUGGAUGUUAUUGUCCGCGCUAUCCAGCUUGACUGGGUGCUUGUUAUCACUGGUGGAGCUAUUAUAGCAGUUGCCUCGAUAUUCCUUCCUAAGAAGAGAUUUUAG